AUAGGGGAACAACUUCUUCGUCUUUGUCUUAAAGAGCUCUUCGUUUUUCGUGUGAUGCAAACUGAUCCUAAUUGGUCUAACUUUUUAUACAACCCCAAGACUGGGAAGAUUGUCCUUCUCGAUUUUGGUGCGUCUAGACACUAUCAGAAGUCCUUCGUGGAUGACUACAUCCGUGUGAUACAUGCUGCGUCUAUAGGGGACCGUGACGGCAUAUAUAAGUACUCUCAUCAGCUAGGCUUCCUAACUGGCUACGAAACGAAGGUUAAUUGA